GCUGCAUUGUCUCCCCACAAACAUACAGACAUACAUGUCUUCUGUGUAUGGUAGAUUUGAUCGGUGUGACAGUUUGGAGCUAUGGCGCCCAGCAACUUCAACUCCAAUAAUAAUGCGAGUGCAUCAUCACAGGAGAAUGGUUUUGUUGAUUCAUGCGCUCCUUUGAACUCUGAGAAGGCAGUACAGGAAAUUAUUAAGCCUCUUGUUCAAGGGACUGAUGACCAUCUAUUAGAGUUUUCAGAGGUUAUGAGAACUGUCACAAAGGCAUUAAGACAAGUUGCUGAAGCGAAGGCCUCUGCUAAAGCUGAGGCUGCUGAAUGGAAGCGUAAAUAUGAAAUCGAGAGGGCACGGUAUAUGAACGCGGAGAAUAGAGGCAAUAAGAUUUGUGCAAAGCUCGGAAGUUGCUGUACUCAGGCUUGUACAAAUAUUUCAAGGGGAUUCUUAUGUAUUAUUCUCCCUUGUCUUGUUUUUUGGGACAUUUGGAAGGAAUGUAUUGGACAAGUGUCUGGAGUUUUAUCUGAGGAGCAUAUCAGUGAGCCAAAUGGCCAGAGACCAGAGAACUUGGCAAAUCAUGUGUCCUUAUCAAAGAAAGCUGGUGAUCAAUCUGAAAACAUUUGUGGAAAUAAUGGGAUUUUCUCUCAUGAAGUUCUUCUGGAUGGAGAGACUGAACGUGAUUCGAAAGUGGUGCAAUGUAAAUUCAAGAGUAAGGCAUCAUUUAAACUAUCAUGGUGCUGUAAAGGUGAAAAAAGUGAUCAGCAUAAGCAUGAUAUCGUAUCUUUUGACAAGGGAAACAUAACAACUGCAGCACGCAGCAGUAAACAGAUAUCUUUAAAAUGGGAAUCUCCCCCACAAACUGUGCUUAUCAUGACCAAACCAAAUUCGGCAUCUGUACGCAUUCUUUGUGCAGAUAUGGUCAGGUGGUUGAAAGAGCAGAAACACUUGACCGUUUUAGUGGAACCAAGAGUAAAAUCUGAACUUCUAGCAGAAUCAUCAUUCUACAACUUUGUUCAGACCUGGACUAAUGAAACGGAGAUAUUGCUCCUGCACAUGAAAGUUGACCUCCUUGUGACUCUUGGUGGGGAUGGGACAGUUUUGUGGGCCGCUUCUAUGUUUAAGGGGUCAGUGCCUCCAGUUGUUCCCUUCUCUUUAGGCACUUUGGGAUUCAUGACGCCUUUUUAUAGCGAGAAUUUUAGAGAUUGUCUUGCUUCAAUCCUUCAUGGCCCCUUCAACAUCACUCUACGACACCGGUUGCAAUGCCAUGUGAUUCGAGAUGCAACUCGAAAUGAGGAUCACAGUGAAGAUGCUAUACUUGUAUUAAAUGAAGUUACAAUUGACCGUGGAAUUUCAUCAUUCCUCACCAAUCUGGAAUGCUAUUGUGACAAUGCUUUUGUUACCUGUGUACAAGGGGAUGGUUUAAUAUUGUCAACAACAUCUGGAAGCACUGCUUAUUCCCUGGCUGCUGGAGGAUCAAUGGUCCAUCCCCAGGUCCCUGGAAUCCUGUUUACACCUAUUUGUCCGCACUCCUUGUCAUUCCGGCCUCUAAUAUUACCGGAGCACGUAACUCUUAGGGUUUUUGUACCUUUAAAUAGCAGAAGCAAUGCCUGGGCAUCAUUUGAUGGAAAAGACAGGAAAGAGCUAGCACCAGGAGAUGCCCUUAUAUGCAGCAUGGCUUCUUGGCCUGUCCCAACAGCGUGCCAAGUGGAUUCCACGAAUGAUUUUCUUCAUAGCAUUCAUGAUGGCCUCCAUUGGAAUGUGAGGAAGACGCAGUCUUUUGAUAGCCCUCGAGUUGGAUAACUUUCAAUUCAUUUGCACUGAUAAGGAAAUUGUAGUUAUAUUAGAUUUGAUCAUGAGGCAAGGAUAUGUUAUCAAGCCGUUUCUGGUAUAUAUGGUUGCCGUGGUUCUAAAUAGGGCAAGUGGUAUUGCUUGAUCGCAAGGGGAUUAUAUGUAUUUAUUCACAUAAUAAGUAGAAGAUACAGGA